UUGUGGAAUUCGUUUUCAAAGCAUAAAAUUAGGUAAAUUCCGUAAUAAAAUUCGAAAAAAAUGCAAAUAAAAUAAAAUUUAUCUUAAAAUUGUAUUAAAUAUAACACAAUAGUGCAAAUACAUCGAAUUCAUAUCAAAGAUAAAAUGUGUGAUACCAGCAAAAAGUCUAGCUCGAAGGUCAAAGAACCUGGCAGCGCUGUAAAAAUCUUAAACGAACGCGCUUCCAAACGCUCGAAACCAGUUAGUUCCGAGUCUAGUACACCGGCGAAGCAUGUCAAACUUUCCAUAGGAAAUAGUAAUACUGGUGAAAAUAAGACAGACAUGGAUCAUUAUGUGCUUAAAACUAUUAAGGACGAGGAAAAUGUUGAAGGCGGAGAAACAAUAGCCUUUGUGCUGUCUGAUCAAAAUGAGAAACAAAAAGAUGGAACAAAUGCCGUUGGUGAAGUUGCGGAAGAGCUGCAAAUUAGCGAGGAGGAAGCUGAUGACACUGAUGGAAAAAAUGAUAUGGUGGAGCAUGUAUGUGGCAAAUGUUACAAAACUUUCCGCCGCUUCAGUGGGCUCAAAAAUCAUAUGGAAUUUUGUCGUUAUGACAGUGGCUAUCAUUUACGCAAAAAUGAAAUGUUGAAAAACCUGGAAAAAAUCGAGAAAGAUGCUAUAACAAUGGAAAACAAAGAUGUUUGCUUUUGUUGCAACGAAAGUUACGACACAUUCCAUUUGGGGCACAUCAAUUGCCCAGAUUGCCCUAAAUCCUUCAAAUCGCAAAUGAGCUAUGAACGUCAUAUAUUUAUCACGCACUCUGAAUUUGAUGACUAUCCCUGCUCGAUUUGCAAUGCAAAGUUACGCAGCGCAAACUUAUUAAAUUUACACGAAGAACAGCAUAAAAAUCGUGGCAAGCCAUUUGCUUGUAAAAUAUGUGGAAAAGAUUUUACCCGUGCCUACCAUCUUAAACGUCAUCAAAAAUAUUCUUCAUGCUCAGCCAGUGGCACUGAUUCUAUGAAAUGCAAAGUAUGCGAUAAGGCUUUCUUCCGUUUGGACAAUUUGCGUGCGCAUCUGCGGCAGCAUUUGGGUACACACGUGGCAAAGAAACCCGAAUAUAGAUGUCCGCAAUGCAAAAAUUGUUUUUACAGCCUAUCAACAUUAAAUAUACAUACUCGAACACAUACGGGAGAGCGACCUUUCGAUUGCGAUUUAUGUGAAAAAAAAUUUCCGUCAUUAAUUGCACUGAAGAAACAUCGGCGAUACCAUACCGGUGAGAAGCCCUACACUUGUUCUGUGUGUAAUCAAUCAUUUGCGGUUAAAGAAGUACUAAACCGUCAUAUGAAGCGGCAUACGGGUGAACGGCCACAUAGUUGCAUGGAGUGUGAUAAAAGUUUCAUACAAGCAUCUCAACUGCGAAAUCAUGCACGAACGCAUGUUUUACCAUACGAAUGUUCAGACUGCGAACAAAAAUUCAAAACACCAAAGCAGCUGGAGAAACAUAGAAAGACUCACGUGAAAAAAUGUAAUGAGUGCAAUAAAUCAUUUACGGAUCAGUCUCAACUGGAAGAUCACAUGGCAAAUGUUCCUCAUAAAAAAUCAACCACAACACCUAGAAGGUCAAGCACCCGAAAAUCUAAGACGCGUGCUCGCACUGAUUGUGCUGUAUGCGAUGAGGACUUUAGUACCGUCAAGAACUUGCAAUUUCAUAUUCUUAAAGUACACGAGGUGGAUCCCGAAGAUUUUGUAAAUGAAAAGCCGAAAGAAAACAAAAAAAGUAAAAGCAGUGAAAAUGUAUAUAAAAUUGAAGGUGAAACUUCAAGCGAAAUUCAGAUUCUAAGCGAAACCGAAGGUAAUGCCGCCAUUAUGGCUGCUGGUAGUGUGAACAGCAAAGAAAUUUACAAUAAUACGCAAGAUGGAAGCAAUGGAGGUUUAGUUGUGAAGGAGUUUAUCGUCAAUGAUCUGCCGAGGGCGGAGCGAGAUGAUGCAAUUGUUCUUGAAGCAUUCACCGUCGUACCAUUGGAUGGAGACGGUCCGAUUGAAACAGUUACAAUAGGCUCUAUAGAUGUAUCGUCGGAAGUUAAAAAGGAACGACGUAAAUCGCUGGCUGAAUCGCUGGCGGUCGCUAUCGGUAAAGAACCCGUCACGCCAAGUGAACCGAUUCAAUUGAAUGAAGAGGAUAUGAAACUUAAGGAUAAUGUUGGUAAAUUGCUAGAUAUGUUAGUCGACAACAAAACAUUAAAGAAAUUUGGUUGGCCAACUAACAGCGAAGAGAACGUUUUGUGUCGCGUUAUUGAGAAUUGUGGCUACAACUUGACAAAAGAUGCAGAAACAUAUCGUGAUUGUGACUACGCAACGCGCAUGCGUGAAUAUGUAAAAUUGCUGUUUACGGUGGUGAUUCACAAUGACUCCAUUAAAGAGUUGUUGAACAAUUAUCCAAUCGACGAAGUAGUCGAAUAUGUUUUGGGUAAUGAUGAUGACGAAGACGAUGAUGUUGAUAACGAAUUUGAUGACAAUAGUAAUAUGAAGAAUUAGUUUAAAAUGUACAGGUGCAGAAAACGUUGCCUUUGUUUUUUAUGAACUCAUAUGAAAUAAUAUGAAAAACUACGGUAGUGAAAUUGCCUUUUAACGUCUUAACGUCUUAACAUUUUCGCAUAUUUGAUGUUAUGUACAGAUUUACGUACAAAUAUACAAAACGUAUUGCAUAGAUUUAUGCCGGUAUUGAAUGUAUGUGUGUACUUUUUUAUAACUGAAUUGAGAAUUAAUUAUUUUACAUGCACUCGUUUUUUGCCGGAAUGGAAUAUAUUUAAUUUUUGUAAAAUAUUACAUUAACAAUGAAUAAAAGUCGAAGUGAAGUUAUAAAAUAACAA